AGUGUGAUGAGGUACUGGGUUGGUACAGCAGAACAUGUCAGUUGGAAUCAUGGAGGCAACAAAAUGUGGAGUCAUAGUUUUUGUAAUGGCUGUAUUUCUUGCUCCAAGCGUUAUCGAACUAUCUGCAGCCGAAAAAGGAAUCAAUGGUAGGCUUUGCGAACUGCCGAUUAAAGAGGCCACGGGCAUGUGCGGAAGUAAGGUUCCCGAAAAAAGAUGGGGUUAUGUUCCUUCCAAGAAAAAAUGCUUUGAGUACUGGUACUCGAAGUGCGAGAGUAAUCAAAACGGUUUUGCAACAGUGAAGAAAUGUUUGGAAGUAUGCAAACGAGACUCACAAUGCUUAAAAAAUCCGGAGCGCCCUAAGUUGCCCUAUCCAUUCCGCUUCUCUACAUCCUGGUUUUUUAACGCAAGUGCGACAGAGUGCCAGAUACGAAAAGUAACCAUAGCAACAGAGAGCAAACUAAAGAACCAGUUUACAAAAAAGAAAAAGUGUAUUAACGAAUGCAUGCCCAGCUUAAUUAAUGAAAUUCGCCGUUACACAGAGCAAUGAGACAAAAUAAAUGCUUGUUGGUGAAACAAU